AACUUUCCACGGAAUUCUCCACACUCCGAGAAGAAAAAAAAAAACAUGAUGGAGUCAUCGGUUUUUAAACAAGACCGACUUCUCUCUGUCUUCACAAGACAUAAGAACAAGAACAGAGACCCCUUACAUCUUACUAGAAUCAAGAAAAGUGAAGAAGCGAAAGAGAGAAGAAGAAGGUCGGAUGGGAGUGGAUUACUACAACGUCCUCCAAGUCGAUCGCAACGCCUCCGAAGAUGAUCUCAAGAAAGCUUACAGAAAACUCGCCAUGAAAUGGCAUCCCGACAAGAACCCCAACAACAAAAAGGACGCCGAGGCCAAGUUCAAGCAGAUCUCCGAAGCUUACGAGGUAUCUUUCUUUCUGUUCCAUUCCAUCAGCGUUUCCAAGAGCUCUCUGUUUCUGAUUAACCUCUUGAUGCUUUUGCAGGUUCUUAGCGAUCCCCAGAAGAAAGCUGUAUACGAUCAGUACGGCGAGGAAGGCUUGAAAGGGAACGUCCCACCUCCAGAUGCUGGUGGAGCCACUUACUUCUCUACCGGAGACGGUCCAACGUCCUUCCGGUUCAACCCGAGAAGCGCAGACGAUAUUUUCGCCGAGUUCUUUGGCUUCUCCAGGCCAUUUGGUGGCGGCGGUGGCGGUGGUACAAGAUUCUCUAGCAGCAUGUUUGGUGAUAACAUUUUUGCCUCUUUUGGUGAAGCAGGAGGAGGAGGAGGAGCUAUGCAUCAUGGCGGUGGAGCCAGGAAGGCGGCUCCUAUCGAAAACAGGCUGCCUUGUAGCCUUGAAGAUCUCUACAAAGGAACCACCAAGAAGAUGAAGAUCUCUAGAGAAAUUGCUGACGUCAGCGGCAAGACGAUGCCGGUGGAAGAGAUUCUAACGAUUGAUGUGAAGCCAGGGUGGAAGAAAGGGACAAGAAUCACAUUCCCUGAGAAAGGAAACGAGCAGCCCGGCGUGACUCCAGCUGAUUUAGUCUUCAUCAUCGACGAGAAGCCUCACCCGGUUUUCACUCGGGAGGGUAAUGACCUCAUUGUCACACAGAGGAUCUCACUCGCUGAGGCCCUGACAGGCUACACCGUGAACCUGACGACACUCGAUGGUCGGAGACUGACAAUCCCAGUCACCAACGUGAUCCACCCCGAGUACGAGGAAGUGGUUCCAAAGGAAGGAAUGCCCUUACAGAAAGAUCAGACAAAGAGAGGAAACUUGAGGAUCAAGUUCAAGAUCAAGUUCCCAACGAGGUUAACCUCAGAGCAGAAGACAGGAGUGAAGAAGCUUCUCGGAUAACAUGUCUUGUUUGUAGAUCAGAGAGAUUGUGAUUUAAUACUGUUGUAUCCUGUUUGGUCGGAUCUGUAACAUAAUAAAAUACUCCUAAUAAAAUUUGUUUUGUUGUAAUCAAAA